AUGGCACCUCGCGAGAAGAGCUUGAAACGAGGCCCUGCCACCGCCGAGGCCGAUGCGCAAGACCAAAAGAAGCCCCGUCGCUCUCAACGAAUCUCCGGCCAGCCCCAGGAGACUCCGAUCGACCAUGAAUACCUUCCUACUCCCAUGACCCACGCUCGUUCCACUGCCACGGAUAUUCGCCAGGAGGUCACCGCUACUCCUCCCGAAAGCCCCAGUCGUACACACCAUGCUUCUUCUCCGAAUGUCGACUUCUCGCAAGCCAUUUCCUCGCCUCCGGAUGAAGACGCAGAGGGCGUUUGGGGAUACCUCAUCUCGCUGGAUGACAAAGUUAGCGGGGCUUUCGUCCUAAAGAAGCGGAAUGACUGCGAGAGCCAGGACGCAAGCAAGGAAAGGGAUGGGAAGAGAUCGCGUAAAUCGACGAAUGGCCGGGCGCCCGGUGGCUACUUAAUUGGACGUCACCCAGAGUGCGACUUGAUAAUCGAGAGCCCGACUGUUUCGAACCGUCAUUUCUUACUAUUCGAGGAGAAGAGAAAGGGUGACAUGGUCGCUAUCCUCGAGGACCUUUCCAGCAACGGAACUUUUGUCAACGAUGCCAUCGUCGGGCGGAAUAAGCACCGUGAGCUUGAGGAUGGGGACGAGGUCUCUAUUCUGGACGAGGCCCGGUUUGUCUUCCGUUACCCCCGUACUCGCAACACGAACCGUUUCCGCCAACAGUAUCAGAUCCAACGGCAACUGGGUAAAGGCCACUUUGCCACGGUUUACCUUUGCGUGGAAGGAUCUACGGGGAAGCAGUUUGCUGUCAAGGUUUUUGAAAAGCGUCCUGGUGAUUCGCAAAAGUCGCAGUCGGAGACUUUGCAGCAGGAAAUUGCUCUUUUGAAGAGUGUCAACCACCCUAAUCUUCUUUGCUUGAAAGACACGUUCGACGAGAACGACGGAGCUUAUCUGAUCAUGGAGUUGGCACCAGAGGGCGAGCUCUUCAAUCUGAUUGUGAGCAAGUCGAAGCUCAGCGAACCAGAGGCGCGCCAUGUAUUCCGCCAACUUUUCGAAGGAUUGAAGUACCUGCACGACCGAGGCAUCGUCCAUCGAGACAUCAAACCUGAGAACAUUCUGGUUGCCGACAAGAAACUCUCGGUGAAGCUAGGCGACUUUGGGCUUGCCAAGAUUAUUGGCGAAGACUCGUUUACUACAACACUCUGUGGCACGCCCAGUUAUGUCGCACCAGAGAUUCUCCAAGAUACCCGCAAAAGACGAUACACCAAGGCCGUCGAUGUGUGGUCUUUGGGUGUGGUCCUCUACAUUUGUCUUUGCGGGUUUCCUCCCUUCUCUGACGAACUGUGGUCGAGGGAGCAACCCUACACGCUGGCGCAACAGAUCAAGAUGGGCCAGUUCAACUACCCCUCACCUUACUGGGAUUCCGUUGGCGAUCCCGCUCUUGAUCUGAUUGAUCGCAUGCUCACCGUCGACGUGGAAAAGCGAAUCACUGUUGACGAAUGCCUUGAGCAUCCGUGGUUGACUGAAAAGUACCCCAGCGUUACCGACAGCCUCGAUGGCAUGACGGGCGCUAUGGGUAAUCUGGACUUCUCCAAGCGCAAGGUUGAGCGUGAGCGAACUUUGCUGAGCAGUAUCAACGACACUGGAUUCAGUGAACAUGCCGCUGGAAACCGGACCCCCGUCAAGGUUUAUCAUAAAAACGACGCCGGAAAGCGUGUUCACAACCGUCCUGCCAAGGAUCAAAAGCGUGAGCCGUCGCCGGACAGCAAUAGCGGUCCCAAGGACUUUGUCAAUCUCGGCCAGCGAGGCGACCCCGCCCUAUACGAUUAG